GCCAUAAAAUGUCAAAGAAAAGCAUUUGCUUUUGUAAAACCAUCAGUUGUUGACGACAUUUCAGUCUGCCAAAUUGGCAUUAAGAGCCUGUUUUAUUAACCAAAUUUUUAAUUGCUACUAAUUGGUAGUGUUAUUUGUUUGCUGUAGGACUUUUUACCAAUGGAGGGUUUCGAGUAUGUGGUCAAUCCGCCAGUAUGGCCCACGGUUGGAUUUCUGAGAAAAAUCCGUAGGGAUUCUGAGGGUAACUUUGUUCGUGAAACUUUCACCACCGCCACUGAAAAGCAGAUCUUGGCGGGUCCAGCUAACUAUGAUAUUCCCUCAACUAUUGGUUUUAAGUACCCAUCGAAGGCUGGCUUUUCUGCCUUGGCUAAUAAGAUGCCACGCCUGCCCCCCUUCGUGGAGCUUGGCUAUCCCCCCGUCGGAACUUAUGCCACCGAUUUUCAAGGCACACAGCAUUCCUUUACCUUUAAAAAGGCGGUUGAGAAAGACCAAAAGUGGAUGACUCCGGGCCCCUCCACCUACACACGCCACCUUAAAUAUCCGGAUUCCCGUGUGGAAAUGGCUUUCGGCUCCCGCCGCAUCAUUUGGCCCUCGGUUCCGGUCUUUUGCAGUCCCUGGAAUCUAGUCCGGUGCUCGGUGUGCGGCGAGAAGCCGGUUGGUGAUUAUUUCCAUAAUUUUGGCAAUGAUCAGGAUAUGUGUAGGGUGUGCAUGCACGUUGCUGUGGAUGCCAUGAAGAAGUGUAGCCUCCAGGUGACGGAGCGAUUUAGCCGGCAGCAAAAGAUCAAGCAAUUUGUGCAUGCCCGUAACUGUGGCUUCUUCCAUAAUCAUGAUGGCACCAAUGCCACCAUUGAGAAGGAUACGCGCAAGGUCCUGCGGCAAAAGAUUCGCGUGGAGAACUAUCUCUAUAGAUUUGAUGCGAAGGAGGAGUAGAGUUUGAAAAUCAUAUUUGGAUGUGUAAACCAAGUAUCUUCCGAAUCAAAAUAACCAUUUUUCAAAGCAGAAGAAAUUGAAAACGUAUUUAAUGUUCAGAAACGUAUAUAAUAAAGGAAUGUUUCGAGCAGCUUUAA